CCCACGCCCCCCGCAUCAUCAUCAUCGCCCGGAGCGUGGUGGGGUCCGGUCCUGGAGGCGGGGACCCGAGCGCGCGGGAGUGGACUGGACUGGAGUGGAGUGGACGGAGUGACCGGCCAUGGCGCAAGCGGCCAAGCAGCUCAAGAAGAUCAAAGACACCGAGGCGCAGGCCCUGCAGGAGAAGGAGAAGGAGGAGUCCAACAGGAAGCGCCGCAACCGCUCCCGCGACCGCAAGAAGAAGGCUGAUGCUGCGACAAGCUUUUUGAGGGCAGCAAGAUCAGGGAACUUGGACAAAGCCUUGGAUCAUCUGCGUAAUGGGGUAGAUAUUAACACCUGUAACCAGAAUGGGUUAAAUGGCCUGCACCUGGCCUCUAAAGAAGGCCAUGUGAAGAUGGUGAUUGAACUGCUGCACAAAGAAAUUAUCUUAGAAACGACAACAAAGAAAGGGAACACAGCUCUGCACAUUGCCGCCCUCGCUGGUCAGGAUGAGGUGGUCCGGGAGUUGGUCAACUAUGGUGCCAAUGUCAACGCCCAGUCCCAGAAAGGCUUUACACCCCUAUAUAUGGCAGCACAAGAGAAUCACUUGGAAGUGGUUAAGUUUUUACUGGAAAAUGGAGCGAAUCAAAAUGUAGCAACAGAAGAUGGCUUCACUCCUCUGGCUGUGGCUCUGCAGCAGGGACAUGAGAACGUGGUGGCACAUCUCAUCAACUAUGGUACAAAAGGGAAGGUGCGCCUCCCUGCUCUGCACAUUGCAGCCCGCAAUGAUGACACCCGAACAGCCGCAGUGCUUCUGCAGAAUGACCCCAACCCUGACGUGCUUUCCAAGACUGGAUUCACCCCCCUCCACAUUGCUGCUCACUAUGAGAACCUCAAUGUGGCCCAGUUACUCCUCAACAGAGGUGCCAGUGUCAACUUCACACCCCAGAAUGGCAUCACACCGCUGCACAUAGCCUCCCGGAGGGGGAAUGUGAUUAUGGUGCGGCUGCUGCUGGACCGGGGGGCCCAGAUUGAAACCAGGACCAAGGAUGAAUUGACACCUCUCCACUGUGCAGCUCGGAAUGGGCACGUGAGAAUCUCAGAGAUCCUGCUGGACCAUGGAGCACCUAUCCAAGCCAAAACCAAGAAUGGCUUAUCCCCAAUUCACAUGGCGGCUCAGGGAGAUCACCUUGACUGUGUCCGACUUCUAUUGCAAUACAAUGCAGAGAUAGAUGACAUCACCCUUGACCACCUGACUCCACUCCACGUAGCAGCCCAUUGUGGCCAUCACAGAGUGGCCAAGGUCCUUUUGGAUAAAGGCGCCAAACCAAACUCCAGAGCCCUGAAUGGCUUCACCCCCUUACACAUUGCCUGCAAGAAAAACCACAUCCGGGUCAUGGAGCUGUUGUUGAAGACAGGAGCCUCCAUUGAUGCUGUCACUGAGUCUGGCCUGACUCCACUCCAUGUGGCUGCCUUUAUGGGGCAUCUCCCCAUUGUGAAAAACCUCCUGCAGCGGGGAGCAUCUCCUAAUGUCUCCAAUGUGAAAGUGGAGACCCCCCUACACAUGGCAGCCAGAGCAGGGCACACAGAAGUAGCCAAAUAUUUGCUCCAGAACAAAGCCAAAGUCAACUCUAAGGCCAAGGAUGACCAGACCCCACUUCACUGUGCAGCUCGCAUUGGCCACACAAACAUGGUGAAGCUCCUAUUAGAAAAUAAUGCCAAUCCCAACCUGGCCACUACAGCAGGACAUACCCCUCUGCACAUCGCAGCCCGGGAGGGCCAUGUGGAAACAGCGGUGGCCCUUCUGGAAAAGGAAGCAUCCCAGGCAUGCAUGACCAAGAAAGGAUUUACCCCUCUCCAUGUGGCAGCUAAGUACGGGAAGGUUCGAGUGGCAGAGCUACUACUGGAACGAGAUGCACAUCCAAAUGCUGCUGGCAAAAAUGGCUUAACGCCCCUGCAUGUGGCCGUCCAUCACAACCAUCUAGACAUCGUCAAGCUGCUGCUGCCCCGAGGAGGAUCCCCACACAGUCCUGCUUGGAAUGGCUACACUCCGCUGCAUAUUGCUGCCAAGCAGAACCAGAUGGAGGUUGCCCGCAGCCUGCUGCAAUAUGGGGGGUCAGCAAAUGCCGAGUCAGUGCAAGGUGUGACACCCCUCCACCUUGCUGCCCAAGAGGGGCAUGCUGAGAUGGUGGCUCUGCUGCUCUCUAAACAAGCCAAUGGCAACCUGGGCAACAAGAGUGGACUCACUCCCCUCCACCUGGUAGCACAAGAAGGCCACGUUCCAGUGGCAGAUGUGUUGAUCAAACAUGGUGUCACGGUAGAUGCCACCACCCGGAUGGGCUACACGCCUCUCCAUGUGGCCAGUCACUAUGGAAACAUCAAGCUGGUGAAGUUUCUACUACAACACCAGGCAGAUGUUAAUGCCAAGACCAAGCUCGGAUACAGCCCCUUGCACCAAGCAGCCCAACAAGGACAUACAGACAUUGUGACAUUGCUUCUCAAGAAUGGUGCUUCCCCAAAUGAGGUCAGCUCGAAUGGAACCACACCACUGGCAAUAGCCAAGCGCCUGGGCUACAUUUCUGUAACAGACGUGCUCAAGGUUGUCACAGAUGAGACCAGUGUCGUGUUAGUCAGUGACAAGCACCGGAUGAGUUUCCCUGAGACAGUAGAUGAGAUCCUGGAUGUCUCUGAAGAUGAAGGAACUGCUCAUAUAACUAGAAUGGGGGAAGAACUUGUUGGCUCCAAGGCUGAGAAGCAGGAUUCCAGGGAUAUAGAUGAAGAAAAAGAGCUGCUGGAUUUUGUGCCGAAACUGGACCAAGUGGUGGAAUCUCCAGCUAUCCCCAGGAUUCCUUGCGUCACACCUGAAACUGUGGUGAUCAGGUCUGAAGAGCCGGAACAGGCAUCUAAGGAGUAUGACGAAGAUUCCCUCAUCCCCAGCAGCCCUGCCACAGAGACCUCAGAUAACAUCAGUCCUGUCGCAAGCCCAGUGCACACAGGGUUCCUGGUGAGCUUCAUGGUGGACGCAAGGGGAGGCUCUAUGCGGGGUAGUCGUCACAAUGGACUGAGGGUGGUGAUACCGCCCAGGACGUGUGCAGCACCCACCCGCAUCACCUGCCGCCUGGUCAAGCCCCAGAAGCUAAGCACACCUCCCCCCCUAGCUGAAGAGGAAGGACUGGCCAGCAGGAUCAUUGCACUGGGGCCUACAGGAGCACAGUUCUUGAGCCCCGUGAUUGUGGAGAUCCCUCACUUUGCCUCCCAUGGCCGUGGAGACCGAGAGCUUGUGGUGCUGCGCAGUGAGAAUGGCUCUGUGUGGAAGGAACAUAAGAGCCGCUAUGGGGAGAACUACCUGGACCAGAUCCUCAAUGGGAUGGAGGAAGAGCUGGGAAGUCUGGAGGAGCUGGAGAAGAAGAGGGUGUGCCGCAUCAUCACAACCGACUUUCCCUUGUACUUCGUGAUCAUGUCCCGGCUCUGCCAGGAUUACGACACCAUUGGUCCUGAAGGGGGCUCUCUGAAGAGCAAGCUGGUUCCCCUGGUACAGGCGACCUUUCCAGAAAAUGCUGUCACCAAGAGAGUGAAGUUGGCGCUGCAGGCCCAGCCGGUGCCAGAUGAGCUAGUCACAAAACUCCUGGGCAACCAGGCCACAUUCAGCCCCAUCGUCACUGUAGAGCCACGGCGUCGGAAGUUCCACCGUCCCAUCGGGCUUCGAAUCCCGCUCCCUCCAUCCUGGACAGACAAUCCCCGGGACAGCGGGGAGGGAGACACCACCAGCUUGCGCCUGCUCUGCAGUGUCAUUGGAGGAACAGACCAAGCCCAGUGGGAAGAUAUAACAGGAACAACCAAGCUUGUGUAUGCCAAUGAGUGUGCCACUUUCACCACCAAUGUCUCUGCCAGGUUCUGGCUCUCAGACUGUCCUCGGACUGCUGAAGCUGUGAACUUCGCCACUCUACUAUAUAAGGAGCUCACCGCUGUGCCCUACAUGGCCAAGUUUGUCAUUUUUGCUAAGAUGAAUGACCCUCGGGAAGGGCGACUACGCUGCUACUGUAUGACUGAUGACAGAGUGGAUAAGACUCUGGAACAGCAUGAGAACUUUGUGGAGGUGGCCCGAAGCAGGGACAUAGAGGUUUUGGAAGGAAUGCCCCUUUUUGCAGAACUCUCUGGAAACCUGGUACCUGUCAAAAAAGCUGCCCAACAGCGAAGUUUCCACUUCCAGUCAUUUCGGGAGAACCGUUUGGCCAUACCUGUAAAGGUUAGGGACAGCAGCCGAGAACCAGGAGGGUCACUAUCAUUUCUGCGCAAGGCAAUGAAAUAUGAAGACACCCAGCACAUUCUCUGCCACUUGAACAUCACCAUGCCCCCCUGUACCAAGGGAAGUGGAACAGAUGACCGGAGAAGAACGUUGACCCCACUGGCCUUGAGAUACAGCAUUCUCAGCGAAUCCACACUGGGUUUCCUCAGUGGGACAGACCGGGCAGACAUGAAGAUGGCUAUUAUCUCAGAGCACCUUGGACUCAGCUGGGCAGAAUUGGCUCGAGAGUUGCAGUUCAGUGUGGAAGACAUCAACCGAAUCCGUGUAGAAAAUCCCAACUCCUUGCUGGAGCAAAGUGCAGCCUUGUUGAACCUCUGGGUCAUCCGGGAAGGCAAAAACGCAAAGAUGGAGAAUCUGUACACGGCCCUGCGGAACAUUGACCGGAGUGAGAUUGUGAACAUGCUGGAGGGAUCUGGCCGACAGAGUCGCAAUCUGAAACCUGAGCGGAGACACACAGACCGGGACUUUUCGUCAUCCCCUUCCCAGAUGAAUGGCCACAGGAAAAUAAAACCAGACAGAAACAUGGAUCUAUGUGAUGGAAUGAAGAGUGUCAAAAAUGUCAGGUUGGAGACUAGCUCAAAGGGUUACUCCUCGCUGCAGGACGAGCUGCUGUCCCCUGCCUCCUUGCACUACGCGCUUCCCUCUCCACUGCGUGCAGACCAGUACUGGAACGAGGUGGCCGUCAUAGACUCCAUCCCUUUGGCGGCCACGGAGCAUGACACCAUGCUGGAGAUGUCUGACAUGCAAGUGUGGUCUGCAGGCCUCACACCCUCCUUGGUCACUGCUGAGGACUCCUCUCUGGAGUGCAGCAAGGCCGAGGACUCUGACGCCACGGGCCACGAGUGGAAGCUGGAGGGGGCACUCUCCGAGGGACCCCAGGGCCCCACACUGGGCUCUCUGGACCUUGUGGAGGACGACACAGUGCAUUCAGAUGCCACAAAUAGCCUUAUCGAUUUGCUUGACCAGGAGGAAGGUCAGAGGUCAGAAGAGAAGUUGCCAGGUCAAAAGAGGCAGGAGGACUCGACAGGUGCAGGGCAGGACUCAGGGAAUGAAGUGUCUCUUGUUUCAGGCCAGCAGAAGGUGCAGGCCCGCUUCACAGAAUCUCCCUCCGUGAGCCGAGUAAUGGAGACCAACCAGGACAGACUACAGGACUGGGAUAGGGAAGGCUCUAUUGUCUCAUACCUGCAUGAUGCCACACAAGGUGUCUGGCAAGAGGAGGUGACACGAGGCCCACACUCAUUCCAGAAAACAGUCACUACCAUCAAAGGACUGGAGCCUAGUGGGUCUCGGGAGUAUGAGAAGGUCCUGGUGUCUGCAACUGAGCCAGUGCGGAUAGAGCAGCCCGAGGCUCACAGCCCCCAGGCUGACAGGGAACGAAGACAAUCAGGCCCUCCUGGAUGGGCACAGGAGACAGAGAGCACCCUCUCCUGGGUGGUAAAGGAGAAUGAGCUUCAAAAUAUUCCAGGGGAACAGGUGACUGAGGAACAGUUCACGGAUGAGCAGGGCAACAUUGUCACAAAAAAGAUCACUCGAAAAGUUGUUCGGGAAAUAGACUCAUCUGGUGCUGGCAACACCCAAGAUUACAAGGAGGUGAACAUGAGAGGCAGUGGCCUGCAGCCCGACCUCAUAGAGGGCAGGAAGGGUGCUCAGAUAGUAAAGCGGGCCAGCCUGAAAAGGGGGAAGCAGUGAUCUUGAGUCUCUCCCCCUUGAAAGGCCUCUUUGGAGGAUCGCACUUCAACACCUAACCCUUGAACUCCACACAUUCUGCCAUGCACAUAGGAGGAGAGCGGGACGAGGCUGCAGAAGUGCAUACACGUUCCUCUAGGCUAAUGGCAUGAUCUCUGUAAGGGACUUCCUUUAGUCUCCUAUCGCAUGAACGACUGGCUGUAGACGCAUGACCUACAGUCCUCAAUCCUGCCUCUAGCAACGCUGGAUCUCUGUCAGGAAUCAGGACAAAAGCAGCAAGAAUGGGGAGAGAGAGAGAGAAAGAGGGGACGGGGGAUAGAAAACUGUGUGAGAGAAGGCAUGAAUGCAAAUGUGAUCAAGGGCUCUUUUGUGGUUGGGAAUGAUAUAUUUUUUAAAAUCACUUUAAUUUUGACUUGUUGUUACAGGGUACUCUUUUUUCAAUUUCAUCUAUAAGAAAUCUAUGUGGGCUUCCUGAAUAGAACAGGAAAAGAGAGGGAGAGAAAAAGAGAGAGAGAGAGAAAUUGGGCACAAAAUCAUUUCAGCACCUUAUUCCCAGGUCCUGCCAGCCCUCCUACCAAGUCCCUCCACUCCUCGUGCUGACAGUCCCCUCUCGGUCCCAGUGGACACUUCUCCCAGAAGGUCCAGGUGACACUCAGCACACACACACACACACACACACACACACACACACACACACACACUUCUCCCUGGGACUCGGCAUACACACAGAUUUUCCUAUGACGUCCGAUGGUACAUAAAACUUCCUGUAGAUAAACUGGAAUUUAUUUUUAUGUUGUCUCUCUCUUUCUCUCUCUGCCAGUUUAGUAUUAAUCAUCUUCCAAUGGAAAAUCAUUACCUUCAGAGCUUUAGAGUGUAUUCAGAGUUCCUUGUGUUAGGGACUUCAGAAUCUGAGGCUUAUCUGUAGGGCUCACAGGGAGCCGGCGCUCCAUCUGCAAGGGUCUUCACCCUUCACAGUUGGUGGGAGGGGGCCUGUGGCUUUUCAGGCUGCACCAGCAUGUUCACUAGAGAAGAGAUUUUCUAUAUCUUCAAGCACUUACAUCAUAGUCUGUGUUCCAAGUAUACAACUGUACAGUAAUCAGCCUUGUGUAUAUGAAAAACAAAAACAAAACAAUAAAUACUAUGCAAACCAAUAGAAACACUUUAGCAGUAUGUACGAAGCACUAACAAGCUCAGCUCCUGAGGACUUCUCCAGGCUGCCGGAGAAGGAGCUACAGCCAGUCUUUCAGUGAAAGAGGAAGGAAGGAAGGGAGUAGGGCUAGAGAAGCAAAGAGGAGGUGUCUGCCAGUUCUGCCAAGUCAGGCCCCCAAGCCCUGAGGUCUCCCAGAGCCAACUUGGUGCUCUAAGUCCAGGCAGCCGGCAGAGUGGAGAUCUCCUCAGAGUCCCCACUCUGACCAAACCCCUCUGCCCCCUGUACACCCCACCACCCACCAUUGGCGGGGCCGGGCCAGGGGCCACUCCGGGACCACCUGCCCAGCCAGCAGGAGGAACAGCGCAGGAGGAGAGAGCCGCUUGCCACCCGGAGUCCCAGCCAGGACAGCAAGGAAACAUCUGGUUCUUCGCCUUGGUGCCAUCAGGGAAGAGCCUUACGGUGAAACUAGAGCCUCCGGUGGAGGGAGGCCCCAAAUCAGCACAAUCCCGGCACAAUGCCACCUGCCUGGCGGCCGCCCCCCGAAGCCCGGAGAGGGCCUGGCAGGCUCUGCUGGUGGCGCCCGGAGCCCCGGGACCUGCGCCCACCGUCCGAGUAGCACAGUCGCUCCCUCCUGUCCUGGAGCCCCUCCCGGCCUGGUCGAGUCCCCAGAAAGCCGCUCGGGGAGCCCCGCGUGGACCCGGUGGGCUUUGCUUUUCGCUUUCUUAGUGCGGCGGGCAGGGGAGAGCCACUCCGGGCUGGCGGCCGCAGCUUCCCUCUCCCCAAGACUGUGCGUCCUUGCGGGGUGCAGGGGCCGGAGUGGCUGGGCGGGGGCAACCGGUGAGGGUCCUCGGAAGACCGGCGCAGGGCCUCUAUCUGGCCCCCCUCUCCCCGGCCUCCCCGCCGUUGCCUCCUCGCCCAGUAGCCCCCCCAAGAGGACCUCGGGGGACCCUCGGCUCCAGGCCACGCUUUGGCACCUUGCGCUCCUCCGUCUGGCUUGGCUGCUUGGCCCGCCGGCCCCAGCCCUCUCGGCCCGGCAUGGCUGCUGGCUCCAGUUGCUAGUAGGAGCUCUUAGGGGGAGGAAUUUGGGGUCUCCACUUGAUGCCUAGAGAAUGCUGCAGUCUGCACCUUAGACGCUUUUUAGAAGUUUUGGAAUUACCUUGAUUUUUUUAAUUGUUAUGAAAAGAAACCUUUUCUGCGUCUCUCCCCCCACCCACCCCCUCUGCUCUGUUAUCGGAAAAGAAUCCACCCCCCUUCCCCCCCCCAACUCUGAUGUAUAGACAGAUCAUUGUCCCUACACCAGCUGAAUCAAUGUCAAAAUUAAUAAAGAAAUCAACACA